AUAACUCAAUAUAGUAAUAUAUCUAACCCAACAGAUCAACCAAUACUGAAUAAUAUUUCAUGAAAUCAUUACUUUACACUAUAAAAAUAACAGAAUAUCUACCCAAGGAAGAAAGUACCCCGAGUGAAUCUGUGUGCACCCGCACGCUUUGUUCAACCCUGCCUACUAGAGAUACCCUGCAGCAAUGUAUCCUAUGGAAUAUAAUACGAGCAUUUACAUUCCUUUUGACUGUCAAGCUGCAGAACUCCCGUAAUGCAAGUUUAGCAUCCUCUUACUUCAUCAUUUUGCUGCUGCUCAAAUCUCCCUUUGUAAUUUCAUUCCUUUCACACUUGUGUUGGAGAUAUCGUUAAGAAAACAAUCAUGUCUACUACUUCCGAGUCGAUUUUCGAGAGGGAUGAGGUGUUUCCUGAGGAGAAAGGCCUCCUAAACUCCCAUUUAAAAUAUGACUUACAAUUCAAAAACGGAGCUCGACUCUCAUGGGUUUGGAUCGCCAUCCUAUCCGUCUCCUUCUCCCUGAAUGCUCUUUGGGGUAUUCUUACAAUUCUGAAGCCAACAUGUAUGACUCAUGAGAACGUGAUUUCAAAAUAUGGUAUGUCACGUUUCCCCCCUGUUUCCAGAAAAACAUCGCUGAACUUCCCUCGAGCCAAAUUAAAGUACGACCACCCUCUGCCCUUUGCCUCCACCAACCAAAACAACACGCUCACCGAAGCGGAAUGGAACUACUACAACGUUGAUCUCGGCAAUGUUGCCCUCUCCGACUCCUAUGCAACUUCAAUUGGCCUUCCUAUAGCCCAACGUUGGCCCUGGGAUUUCUCCAAGGGAAUUUACUACCUCCACGGCCACCAUCAAAUGCACUGCCUACAUAUGCUCCGCAAGAGCAUCAAUGAGUACCGAAACGGAUGGCUACAAACCGAGCAUGCGAUGCACGUGGACCACUGCCUUAUAGCUAUUCGGGAGGAUAUCGUAUGUAAUGCUGACGAUACCCCGCGGUUUACCGGUGGACACUUCAAGCAUCCUGCUUCUGGAACGGGACAGGUUAGAGCCUGUAGAGAUUGGAGUAAAUUGGAUGAGUGGGCAAAACAACAUUCAGCUUGUUAUAGGGAGCCUGAUGAUCCGUUUGAUGGGACGAGUGAAUUGGAGAGAUAUAAGAAUUGUCCGGAUGGGAGCACGCCGUGGAUUGGAGCGGAAAUUUGGACCAUGAAUGAUUCGGAGGAGAAAGGGGGUUUGUGGUUGGAGAAAGAGAAUUGAAGGAUCUGUGUGUGUGUGAAGAGUCCGUGUUAGUUCAUCGGCCUUGCUGUCAUUUUCCUAGCUUCGUAUAAUCUGUAGGCACUCUAUGUCAAAUUUAAGAUUACAAUUUAUACUUCCCCUCUUUAUACUUCUGUCUUACAUCAGGCUUGUAUAUAUGUGAUGUUCAACGAGUAAAAAUGGUCAAUCUUCUACGGCUUUCAUGCCGAUGGGACCAUUAAUAAAUUAAUGACGAUCGCUUGAGGCGUUCCAUGCUUAAGGUGCUAUAAACACAAAUAACCUCUAAACUAUCAAGGCUUUGCGAUAUUGCGAGCGAAUUCUUCUGAGUCUGCAUCUUUUAAUCAUAUUCUUCUCACCAUGAAGCUUUCAAAACUGAUAUGUAUCUGGCUCUAAUCUGAUAAAAUAUUGAUUUUAUUGAUAUAAAUUUGGAUAACUUCCGAGUUCAAGCGCACAAUUGCAAUACACCACUUCGUCCCAAGUUUUAACAGCUGUCCUCCUAGUCUUAUAUAACCAUCAUACCUGC